AUGUGCCGUAUUUGCAGCCGUGAAAGUUCUAGGGCUUUUGGUAUCGUGGCUGGUCGGCGUACGUAUGGCUGGGCUGGGCUAAGCUUUGUCUAUGGAACUUUGUAAAAGACUGACUUUGGGCUGUAUCUGGGUUUAGAGUGUGACACAUCGAUCUACUCAACUGUCUGUCCAUGAUUCUUCGUUCUUUCGGUGAUAGUAGAAAGAUUUGCUACACCACUUGGACAUAUCGGCAAUACAGUCGGAUCGAUAGCAAGUUGGACAUCACAUUGAUUCUUCCUCCUUCUUCAUCUCUUUCCCUUGCCUUGAUCUUUCUCAUUCAUCGGCGAAUACCACAAGAGUUACCUAUUCCUCUCGACAGAAUGGAGAACCGUACUACACGCCCCGCGGGCGAGGGCGAGAUCAUAUACCCACAACCUCGGCCAUACGUCUCCGGCGGCUGGGAGUACCAGCAACCAGGCCAUCACGAGGAUAGCCAAUAUGAGGAAGACACACCUGAGGAAGAAGGUAUCCUUGCCCAGAUCAUCGAGGCACCACGUCCCAGGACCUUCUUCUUCCCAGAAGCGACAUCAGCCUCCCACCGCAGACACGAGAACGCCCUCGUCAGCGACGGAAUUCAUCUCCCCCGCCUCCGUCCCGGCCCAGCACCCGUCCUCAAAUGGGAUUGCCCCCAACGGCCGGAGCGAGCCCAGGAUCUCCUCCACCUAGUCGACCACAACUUUGGCCCUCCCUGGGCACGUCGCCGGAUCGACGAGCACACCCCGUUCGCGCACGACGUCAACCUGCGGUAUUCGCAAGCCCAGGAUUACUUCCGCGAGCAAGAGGCUCGGUGUCCCUUGAUAUCGCUGCCCAAACGUCGUGCCGGCGACUCUAUCCCCAACCACGUCCAGGACGAGCACCGCCACGUCGGAAACGCAUCUUCGCGGCCGGAGCUGCCGUAUCACGGAUCUCACGUUCCGGCGCGGGAGCAGGAGUAUGGCGGGGUACCGGCUCCUCGGCCUGUGCUCCAGCCGCGUUUGAAUUUCGACAACCUUAUUGUUCGGCCCGGAACGCAGUUCUAUCGCUUGCCGCCCGUUUCUGAGCGUGAGCCUGGAGAUAUCGGGGAGCGGCAGGAGCUUCAAGAGCAGAUCCAGCAGACUUAUACUGGGCUCUUGAAUACUCCCAUCUAGUCUGGCUCGAAGGUCUUGUUGAGCUUAUGAUCCCUUCUCUCUGGAUUGAACCUGCAACCGACAGGAGCGCUUCUGCUUCGGAUAAUUAGCUGCAUGUUUGUUGGGCCAAGUGGGAGGAUUUGCUGCAUGGAGACGGAGUGAUGGUUGGAUUCAGGUCAUUC